AAUCUAGAGGGAGAGCUUAAAGAAGUCAGAAGACGAAGCAAAAUAAACCGCCGAAGACUUGAGGACGGUUGGACUAGCCGACGAUCGUGGCGGACAUUUUGGUUUCUUUUGUCCGUCCCACGACACGAAUUGGAGUCGGGAAGUAAGUAGAGAGGGAAAUUCCUCCUGAGUACGCAGAUCUGUUUUUUCUGCUGUUAUGGGAACUGAAGAGUUGAAAAGCGACUUAGAUUCCAAUCGUUGGCCUUCGGAUAUGGCCUAUGACCAGUGGAUAGCACUUCCUAUAUCUGGGUCACGCCCAGCAGCUCGCUACAAGCAUUCGGCAAUAGUGGCCAAUGAGAGGCUGUAUAUUGCUGGGGGAAGUCGUAAUGGUCGACACCUCUCUGAUAUUCAGGUUUUUGAUCUUAGAACUUUGGUAUGGACUGCAUUAAAACUUCAUAUGGAUCCAAAUCUUGAUAAUCUGGAAGACAGUAGAUCACAAGCGAUCCUGCCUGCUACCUCUGGACACAGUCUGGUGAAGUGGGAAAACAAACUUCUUGUUGUCGCUGGGCAUUCAAAGGAAUCUUCAGACUAUGUAACAGUUUGGUCAAUUGAUCUGGAAACCCACCAAUGCUCUAUUGUGAAGACAUCUGGAAAAGUCCCGAGAUCUCGUGGAGGGCAGUCUGUAUCACUGUCUGGCUUUAGAUUGAUAAUGUUUGGCGGAGAGGACACCAGCAGGAAGUUGCUGAAUGAUAUCCAUAUUCUUGAUCUGGAGACAAUGACAUGGGAUUAUGUAGAAGCAAUGAAGACACCUCCUGCACCAAGAUUUGAUCACACAGCUGCACUGCAUGCAGAACGCUACCUUCUAAUUUUUGGUGGCUGUUCUCAUUCAACCUGCUUCAAUGAUCUCCAUGUGCUGGAUUUGCAGACUUUGGAAUGGUCUCAACCACAAAUUCAGGGUGACUUGGUGACUCCAAGGGCUGGUCAUGCUGGUAUCUCUGUGGACAACAACUGGUAUAUAGUUGGUGGUGGAGAUAAUAAAAGUGGUGCAUCGGAAACACUUGUGCUAAAUAUGUCUAAGCUUGUGUGGUCAGUGUUGACACGAGUAAAUGAACGUGAUCCUCUUGCCAGCGAGGGUCUCAGUCUUUGUUCCGCAUUAGUGGAUGGAGAGAAUUAUCUAAUUGCCUUUGGAGGCUACAAUGGGAAGUAUAACAAUGAGGUAUUUGUGCUGAGACCCAAACCAAAAGACUCUGCACGCCCAAAGAUUUUUCAGUCACCGGCAGCAGCUGCAGCUGCAGCUUCUGUUACUGCUGCAUAUGCUGUGGCCACCAAAACUGAAAAGAAGCCAAAUUUCACGACUACAGAAGAUUCAAAUAUUCAGGAAGUGCAAAUAAAGAGCCCUCUACAGGACUUGACAGUGGAAAUUAAUUCAAUUACAGCUGAGAAAAAGACACUGGAGUCAUCACUCACAGAAGUGAAAACAGAAAAUUCAAGGCUCAAAGGAGAUCUAGAGGAAAUGAACAAUAACCUUUCUGAGUUAUCAAAGGAACUCCAUUCUGUCCAAAGUCAACUGAAUUCUGAGAGAUCAAGAUGUUCCAAACUUGAGAAUCAAAUUGAAGUUCUACAAAAGAUGCUGGAGUCACUGCAGUCUGUAGAGGAUCAGGUACGUGUUCUUCAAAACCAAAAGUUUGCUUCAGACCGAGAGAUGGAGCUCGCGUCUGCUCGGACCCACGAGAGGCAAAGUUCAGGUGGUAUUUGGCAGUGGAUUGCUGGUGAUGCACGCAACUGAUGACAAUUCAGAGGCUAGAUUCUUGAAAUGAGAAUAAAGCUGUAAGGGAACAUCAUGUAGCAAGAAGCAUAUUUAAUCUCCUAUAGCAAAAUGACGGGAAGCUGAAACAGUGCCUAUAAUUAAGAAAAACUUGCUGUGGUUGAGUCUAUUCAACUUCUUGUCCAGUAAGUAUGGACUAGCCAUCAUGUUGCUGGAAGUCUGGAGACAAUUGCCAGGGUAAACCAUGACGGUACUUCUUGUGACAUAUUUGGGAGUGGGACAUAAAGAGGUAACAAAUACUUGUCAUUAAAAAAACUGUUUUUUUUUUUUAAUUGUUAAUUAUUUGUGAGUGAAAAGUCAUGCGGAUGGUCACAUGGUGUCUGAACAUUAUUUGAAAGAAAAAAAAAAUUCAAUAUAGUUUUUGUUCAGUUUUGCAAA